GCCUGAGUCUGGGAGCCUGGGAGCCUGGGAGCCUGGGAGUGGUCAGGUUUUGGAGUAGCCCGACCUAUAUAUGACCUAGAGCCUUUGUUGGGUUCAGGCAUUGCUUUCCGAAGAGGGGACUGACUGCCCUUUGGUCCCAGCUCUCGCUUUACCUCUCUGUGGCUCACCGCAAUUAGACUCUGUUGGAAGAUGAGCUUGCUUCGGCCGAGAGAGAGGGAAAUCAAAGCUGAGGCCAGCCUUUUCCUCCCUCCUGCGCGCCUCUCCUUCCAGGACAGACUCCCUGUGGACUAGAGUCAGCUCCUAGGGCUGUUAUUUGGGGCUUGGGCACCUUUCUCCCAAACAAGCAGGGUGGAGGGAAUCAGAGGGGGAGCGGAAGGAAAAAAGGAGACUAGGGGCGGGGGUGGGGGGGUGGGGGGAGUGGAGGCUCCUGGAGAGGGGCGGGGAAGCAAGAUGAGAGGUAAACCCGCUCCCUCCUUCCGUGGACUUGGAAAGAAUGAAAACCCCGCAGGCUUGUUGGAGCCCAAAUGUGACCCUUUUCCGAGUGAGCCUCGGAUGCGUCCUCCAGCCCUUGGAUGCCGUGUGUGUGUGUCUGUGUGUGUUCAUGCGCCUGUGUGUCUGCGCGUGCCUCUGUGUGCUGCUGUUGCUGUCAUCACAGAUGUACCCCCAGCUGUCACUCCAUUAGCCGGUCUCUUUCGCUUGAGCACACGCGUUCUCGCACUCUCUCUCCCUCCGUGUGUUUGUUAUUGACCCAGGAGCCCCAUCCCCCUAGCACGCUGAAAGACCGUCAUUCCAUCUUCCCCGUGCUGCGUGCUCGGUGCCAGUGUCCUGGUCCCGUGGCAAGGGUGGGGAGGAAGGCUGCUGGGUCGGGGAAGACCCUGGCAUCAGUUCUGCCCAGGCUCGGGCUCAAGGUGCCAUUGGGGUUUCUUCAGGUCUCUGUCGAAGGCUUAGCUGGCUGCUCCGAGGAGACAGUUGGAGGACCAGUGUGCAGCUGUGGCAGCAUGAACCCUUAAGCUGAUGAGCCUUAUUAUAGACUUGCUUUUGGAAGACAGCAAAUUCCAGUUCACCUCCAAAGAGAAAAGGGGAGCUGGAGGCUGUCCGUGGGGCACACCUCUGUCCCCCUUUUCCAGCAGAAGCCCUGGGAAGGGCUGAAUCACUGCCAUCUCAGUGCACAUGGACUGACAGGCAGGACAAACCAGGGCUCUCCUGUCUUCCAAAGGAUCAAGGGCCAAGAGAACCUGGAGGGUUCAGCAUCAUGCUGCCAUUGGGCAUUGGUCCAUGGUGGAGAAACAAGCUUUCCCCAAGGUGGAGGCAGCUCUCCUGGAUCGCCUGCUGGAUUUCCCUGUAUGCUGCCGAGACUCUCCCCACCUGCCCUUUCUCGUGUAAAUGUGACAGCCGGAGUCUGGAAGUGGACUGCAGCGGCCUGGGGCUCUCCAGCGUGCCUCCGGAUGUGCCUGCCGCCACUCGAACCCUUUUACUCUUGAAUAACAAGUUGAACGUCUUGCCCAGUUGGGUCUUCUCUAACCUGUCGAGCCUUCAGAGGCUGGACCUGUCCAACAACUUCCUGGACCAGCUGCCUCAGGCCAUUUUUGGGGACUUGGCCAACCUCACCGAGCUGCAGCUGCGCAAUAACAGCAUCAGGACCCUGGACAGGGAUCUGCUGCAGCACGCGCCCCUCCUCCGCCACCUGGACCUGUCCAUCAACGGGCUGGCUCAGCUGCCCCCGGGUUUCUUCGACGGCCUCCUGGCUCUGCGCUCUCUCUCCCUCCGCUCCAACCGCUUGCAGAACCUGGACCGCGUGACUUUCGAGCCCCUGGUGAGCCUGCAGCUGCUUCAGGUGGGGGACAACCCCUGGGAGUGCGACUGUAACCUGCGCGACUUCAAGCACUGGAUGGAGUGGUUCUCCUACCGGGGGGGACGCCUAGACCAGCUGGCCUGUACGAUGCCCAAAGAGCUAAGAGGGAAAGACAUGCGGAUGGUUCCCAUGGAGAUGUUCAACUAUUGCUCUCAGCUGGAGGAGAGCAGCUCAGCUGGGUUGGAAGUGUCUGGGCCUCCCUGUACCAAGGCCAGCCUAGAGCCUGUUAAACCGAAGCCUGGGGCUGAGCCAGAACCUGAGCCCAGCACAGCCUGCCCCCAGAAACAGCGAUAUCGACCAGUCAGUGUCCGUCGGGCCAUUGGGACUGUCAUCAUUGCUGGUGUGGUCUGUGGUAUUGUUUGUAUCAUGAUGGUUGUGGCUGCUGCCUAUGGAUGCAUUUAUGCCUCCCUCAUGGCCAAGUAUCAUCGGGAGCUAAAGAAGCGCCAGCCUUUAAUGGGUGACCCAGAGGGUGAGCAUGAAGAGCAGAAGCAGAUUUCCUCUGUGGCAUGAGACCUUCCUACCCCUAUGGCCUCAGUAGAAAGGGCUGGGAGAGAGAGCCAGGGACUUCAGCAAGCCUCUCUCUUGGGCAACUCUCCAGUCCCUCUUCCUGUUGAUCCUGAGUUUCUAUUACUCAGUUCCUGUCUCAGUCUGAUCACAGAACACUGCUUGCCUCAAUCCUACUUUCCUCCCAUGCCCUUUCUGGCAAAGAAACCAUGGCCCAGCUGCCUCAAUGAACAAGAGUGUUUGGAAUUUCACUGGAAACUCUCCUGAUUUGCCCCUCAAGCAUACAUUUGUGGGGAUUAUCCAAAGGUUCUGGCUCAUAGGAAGAACAGAUGAGGGCAGAGGGGACGCUUCUUGGGAGGACUUUAGAAUUAUGUUUUUACCAUCCUCUUCCUCUCCUCUGGGUAGAGUCAUGGUGAUGAUUCUUCUGGCUGGAAGAAGGGAGUCAUGGUGAUGGGGGUCAGAGGAAGAUUUCUGCCAAUUCUUUUAGGGGUGGGAAGAGAUGCUUAGCCUCCCUUCAGGACAAAAGCUGGUUCUAUCUUUUCAGCUAUGGUCUGGCCACAGGAAUGAACCUACCCUACUCUUAUGAAUACAACUAUAUGAGAAUAUAGACACUUCUUACAUUGCAGAUGUAGUUAUGACCCUUAAUCUGGCACAAUCUGCAAAUACUCUCCUUUUUCAUUGCCCCUGAAUUCACAGAGACAAACUCACGUGCUCACAGCAAUAUCAGCAAAACUUGAUUGAUUUACGCACAUACAUACACACACAGAGCGUAGUCAUGCAUACACAUUCACACAAAGAUGCAGACACCUAGAGUCUUAGAGGAGCUGAGAUGUCACUUCCCCACAACAGACAGUCAGCUGUUCAACUGUAGAAUUUCCUGCUUACUGUAGCCUUCUACAGCCAAUGAGGGAGAGAAACCUAAAUCCGACAGCACAAGGAUUCUUUUGCUAUCUGCUAAAGUGGGAUAAAGUAUUGUUUCUGGACCAGACUGCCCAUCUCCAUGGUAACAAGCUCAAACCUAGCAUGCUGGAUAUUCUGGGGACCCACCUGCCCCAGAGGCCUCUAUCAUGCUUGUGACUGGUGCAAGGCUGGGAGCUCAGGCUCCUAGUCACAGAAUACUUGCUCAGUUCAGAGCCUGCACAGAGCAUCACUACUAGGCACAGUUCGGACAUCCACCUCUGUACACUGAAGCCCAAUUUUCCCUCUAGAGUCUGAGUUCUGAGGAAGGAAACUAGCAUGUCUCUUACUUCCUUUAUAUUCUGAUCAAUGCGAUCUUGGGCAAAGGAGCAGAGGUGGAUCACCCUUGGACAAUGCUGUUUGGCUUGGUGACACUCUUCUGGUGUCGGGGAAUAUGGGGCAGGGACCUGGGAAAGUGAGUGUCAGCAAGAGAGAAUCAUGUUUCUCACUGAAGCUCACUUCUGGCCAGAGUGCUCCAGGGGGCUCUUCCAGGCAUAGGUAAGCAAGAGCCCAUUGGGGAAUCUGCUUGGUCCUGUUCCAAAGAGUCUUUGAUUAUAGCUAAACAGAGGACCAGAAUCUGAGCCAGGCACCUACAGAUUUGGGUUUUAAGUGUAGCCAAUAAUAACAGGAUAUAUAUUGCAUUAACGAGGUACAAGGAGAGUGGGAAUGGAAGAGGAAGGUCAUGGAGGAGUUGUGGGAACCCUAGUCUUUCUCCCUGGUUUUCCUCUCCUUCCUCCUUUCUUCUUCCUUCUCAUUAUGAAUCUGAUGGCUGGUGGAGUUUCUCACCAUGCCCUGGGAAUACCUGGGUCUGAUCUUUGGAUCAAUGGUUUCCCAAGGAACAACUGAGGGGCUGUUAGGCACCCAAAUGGGUUCUGGUUUUAAUGGGAUGUCUCAGGAGGGAAAUACAAGGAAAAAGUGCAGCCAAAGCACUGUCAAGAAGAGGGAUGGGGAGAGAUCAUGGGGUAUGACUGGGCUGGUCCUGGUUGCCUUUCACCUACUCUCCCAACUCUGCAUAUGUAGGCCAUUGGGAAAAAAAAAGGAAUGAGAUGGAAGAUGGGCCUAGUGGGGAAGGUAUCUUUGAGAAGGUACUUCUCCCAACUAAAUUGGAGAGUGGAUACUACUUGCUUAAGCCCAAUAGGUCAACCCUUCCCUUGUGUUGGUAGGUGUUCCUUCUUCUUUAAGGGCUGGCUGUAAACCUGGUUGCUGUUAUUAUUGUUUUUAAUAGGGGUCCAGGGGUGGGGGAGGGGAUUCAAAAUGGUGGUGUCUUCAGCACAAGGCAGGAGAUUUUUAAAGGCAAAAUUAUAUUUCUUGUUUGUUGUUUCAGAAAAACAAUAAAGACUGUAUUUUCCUAUA